AUGUUUGGGUUAUCGGGAUUUUGGGACCUUCGCUUAUUUUAUUACCAGUUUGGGAACAGACAGUGCCGUAGAUACGUUCAAAUUGCAAAAUUACAAAUAUUAUAAUAAAAGUUAUCUCCAAAGCCACUUAUCGUCAAAUAAAGAAGAGACGGUUUCUAGAUAACAACGUUAUAAAUUCUGGUAAGUUUCCUCCAUUGGAAUCUAUUACCUGAUAGCACUAGUACUUUAAAUAUUUUGGAGAAAGUAGGAUAUGCUUAAUAUACUUAAUUAGAUUACAAAGAAUAGUAAUGUUGAGCUGAUGCUAGGAGGAAAGCUAUGACAAACUCAUACGGGACGGUUAGAAUAAAGAUAAAAGAGACUUAAAAACUAGACAUAUAUGACUCUAGGUAUCUAUAUUGGUAUGGGGAAUGCAUUGCAUGCUGGAAUCCAGGAGGAACCAUUGUUGGGAGGAGGAUCUAAUAGUCGGUGUAUUGGUUAUGAUUAUGCUAUGAUUGCGUGA